CGCGCUGGCGGCCGUGGGGCUGCUGUCGGCGCUCAGCGCCGCGGGGACGCUGUUCCUGCUGGCGCAGUGGCGGGAGCUGGGAGCGGCGCUGCGGGAGCUGGAGGCAGCGCGGCCCUCGGAGGGCAACGGCUCCGCGCGGUACCUGCUGGACCCCGGAACGGCGCCCGCCCGCAGCAAGCGGAGCCACCGCGGGGAGCGCGCCCGCGGACACGUGCGGGCCGAGAACGACGACAUGCUGAUGAUGAUGACCUACUCCAUGGUGCCGGUCCGAGUGAUGGUGGAUUUAUGUAACAGCACAAAAGGGAUAUGCUUAACAGGCCCCCCAGGUCCCCCAGGGCCUCCUGGACUCGAUGGACGACCUGGCUACAAUGGAUCAGAUGGACUCCCAGGUAUACCAGGACAAAAGGGAGAACCAGGAAUAAGUGGAAAAAGAGGAAAAAUAGGUGUGCCAGGACCAAAAGGUGAUCAAGGGCAGAAAGGAGAACCUGGAGAAAUGGGUUUACCUGGCAAGGAUGGUAUGCCAGGAGGAAAAGGUGCAAGAGGAGCAAAGGGUGAAAAGGGGGAUGCAAACAAUGAUGUGAUAUUAGAAGGUGCAAAAGGUGAACCUGGACCCCCAGGGCCCCCUGGACCACCUGGACCCCCAGGGCCUCCAGGAAAACGUAAAGGCAAAAAUAAAGCACAGCUUCAGGAGAACGUGUACAGCAGCAAAUGCACAGGUGAGACGUGUGCUGUACCAAAUGAUGAUACCCUGGCUGGAAAAGCUGAAGACAGAACCCCUGCUCCUUCAAAAAAAGCUGCAUGUGUCAUAACAUCUGUAGGAAGUCCUGUUCACUUUGUCAGUGUACAGCAAACGUUUGGAACUUGGAUGCGGGAGCCUGCAAAUAUAAGUGAUGAAAGGAUUUGGCUUACCAUGCAUUUUUCAGGAAACUCUAUAAGAGAAUAUGAGAAUUCCAAUGCCUUGCUGAAUGACAGCUACAGGAUCAUUAACAUCACAGGAUUCUUUUAUGGAUGUGGUCAUGCAGUACGAAACAAUCAUCUGUACUAUCAAAAGGGAGGAACCAAUGUCAUUCUGAAACUUGGGCUUGACAGAGCAUUGCUGGGCACACUGCUAAUUGAAAAAGCAUUACAUCAUGGUCGUAACUACCUGUUUUCUAACUCAAAGACAUAUUUCAAAGUAGCAGUGGAUGAGAAGGGACUUUGGAUUAUAUAUGCCUCAAGCACUGAUGAAAAUAUCAUAGUUGCGCAUAUUGAGGAAGAAACCUUUUCAGUCAUUCGGCAUAUCAAUACCACAUACCCCAAGUCCAAGGCGGGUAACGCAUUCAUAGCAUGUGGCAUUAUGUACGUUACCGAUACUAAGGACACGACAGUAAGUUUUGCUUUUGAUUUACUGAAAGAGAAGCAGGUUGACACAAGGUUUGAGUUACGGUCUUCACAGUCCGUUCUUGCCAUGCUUUCAUACAGUCUAAGAGAUAAGAAUUUGUAUACAUGGGAGAAUGGGAGCUUAAUGGUAUACCCUGUGCAUUUUGGGAGAUGAAUAUAUUUUAAAACUUCAUGUAUGGGAGCUGUGUUGACUAAAUAGAUUAUUUAAAGCUGUAUAGUACACACACAGGAGUCUACACAGGGGUCUCUUCACUUGGGAUAAUUCUCUGUUCACUGUUGGUGGUUUCUGAGUGUGUAUAGAAGGGAGAGCAGGCGCCUUUGCAUAAACACACUUCAAUUAUACAGUCCAUUCUCAUUUCUUUACAAGAAUAGCUGUUCAAUAUUGCAGCUGGCACACAGUUAGCACAGACUUGCUUUUGUUUUCCCCUUGUUAUUCAGCCGAUAAUUAUAUCUAAUGUACAUUGAUUCCAUGGUCAUGUGCUCAGCAGAGACUAUUUAUAACUUUCAGUUGCAAUCAUCUUAUCUGCCAUCAUUUUCUCAUCAGUGAUUAUGGUUUAGCAGAAAUAAUGAUCUGUUGUGUACAAAUACCUUUGUCACUUCCACUUAAUACUUUUCACUGAUUCUCUGUGAGCUUUUUAUGGACAAAGGUAUACAGCUAUUAAAAAUGGCGAUGGAAAUAGUUGUUUAGAUAGAAAAAAAGGAGAUAGCUUUGAAUUUGAAAAACCCAGUGAACUGUUACGUAAUCAAAAGAAAAAUCCAGCCCAAGUACAAGGAAAUGGGAAUAACUACAUUGUUAAAUAUUGAAUAUACAUGAAAUUGUGUUUAGUACAUGGAGCAAGGGGGAAAAGUAAUGAGGUAUAAAAUUGAAGAGAAGAUGUAAAAUUUAUGAUUAAAAUUUCUUUUUUAACAGUG